CAAAUACGCCUAAAUGGUUUACAUAAUAGUACUCUAACUCUGAAUUCCUUGUAUCAUAAUUUUUACUCAUGUACUACCUACAUAAUAUAUAACAAAGUACAAUGUGACAAAUGUGUUGAAUUGUGAAUGAUGAUUAAAAUCCUGUUUUGCAACUUUUGUGUUAGUCCAAUUUUUUUAGUUUUGCCGAAUAAGGUGUUUUCGUUUUUUAAAUCAACAUAAAUUACAGAUAUUUGUGAAUAAGAAGACAAUAUCUUAGAUUGGGAAGUUACUAAAGUUUUCACUUUUAAAGAAAAGUCAAUUAAUGAUGUUGCGACGCAGUUUGUUUCGUUUAUUGAGGCUGCGAAAUCUUGUAUUUGUAACGUUACUAGUCAUCGUGUUAUAUUUAGUAAAGUCAUUGAGUUAUUCUGAGUCUGAUAAGCUAAUUGUUAGAAGAGAAGCUUUAGCUCACUCAGAUGAGCUGAUGAAUCAUGAUACUGCUGUACUACAUGCUCCACCCGAUUUGAACAAGGCUGUUAAUAAAGAGAACCAUUUUGUACCAAAGAGUUUGAAGAAAAUAGACUGGCAUAACUAUGAACAGAUAAGCAGUGAGAGGAAACGUGUGGGUAUUGGUGAACAAGGUCUCCCAGCGCAUUUACCAAAAGAAGAAUCAGAUUUAGAAGAAUCAUUGUAUUCAGUGAAUGGUUUCAAUGGUGCUCUAAGUGAUAAAAUACCAUUGAACCGUUCAUUGCCAGACAUAAGACAUUCAGGAUGUAAAAAAAAAAAGGAUAUAGAAUCUUUGCCGAGCGUCAGUGUGGUUGUACCGUUUCACAAUGAGCACUGGAGUACGUUGUUGAGGACAGCAUAUAGCGUGCUGUACAGAUCACCAGAGCAUCUCAUUAAGGAGAUCUUUUUGGUGGAUGAUGCUAGUACCAAAGAUUUUCUAGGGAAAGCAUUAGAUGAAUACCUAGAGGGGAACAUGCCUAAAGUGAAAGUGAUCAGACUGCCGAAACGCAGUGGACUGAUCACGGCUCGGCUGGCGGGCGCAGAGCGAGCGACGGCAGACGUCCUGAUCUUCCUCGACUCUCACACGGAGGCCAACGUCAACUGGCUCCCGCCCCUGCUAGAACCCAUAGCCCUGGACUACAGGACCGUGAUGUGUCCCUUCAUUGACGUGAUAGCGUUCGAUACCUUCGAGUACAGGGCUCAGGACGAAGGUGCCAGGGGAGCUUUCGAUUGGGAGUUCUUCUACAAAAGGCUUCCCGUCCUCCCUAAGGACGAAAAGAAUAUGCCCGAGCCCUUCGAGAGCCCCGUGAUGGCGGGCGGUCUGUUCGCGAUAUCGCGUGCAUUCUUCUGGGAGCUGGGCGGCUACGACCCGGGCCUAGACAUAUGGGGCGGGGAACAAUACGAACUCAGCUUUAAGAUAUGGCAAUGCGGAGGUCGGAUGCUGGACGCGCCGUGCUCCCGAGUGGGUCACAUUUACCGGAAGUUCGCGCCGUUCCCGAACCCCGGGCACGGAGACUUCGUGGGAAAGAACUACCGGCGGGUGGCCGAGGUGUGGAUGGACGAGUACGCGGAGCACCUGUACCGGCGCCGCCCGCACUACCGCCGCAUCGACCCCGGGGACCUCGCGCCGCAGAAGCGCCUCCGGGAGAAGCUCAACUGUAAGCCCUUCAAGUGGUUCAUGACUCAGAUAGCGUUUGAUUUGACGGCGAAGUAUCCGCCUGUGGAGCCUAAGCCUUUUGCCGAGGGAAAGAUCCGCGCGGUGGCGGCGGGGGCGGGGGGGCUGUGUGCGGACGCGGCGCACGGCCCGCAGCUGGCCGCGCUGCGCCUCGCGCGCUGUGACGUCACCACCAACGCAGAGCAACACUUCGUGCUCACCUGGCACAAAGAUAUCAGAUGUAAAACGCGGAACAUGUGCUGGGACCUCCCGGACUCGUCCCCCGGGAGCCCCAUAGUGUUGUACGCGUGCCACCUGGGGGGCGGGAACCAGCUGUGGAGGUACUACCCGGAUACGAAGCAGAUAAAGCACGGCGGACACUCGAACUGCGUGGACCACGACCCGGCCACGCUGCGGCUGCACAUCAGCCGGUGCGACGCCGCCGCCGACACGCAGCGCUGGACCCUGGACGCCGUGGACGCCGAGCUGCUCGCCGCCUGGGACGCGCGCCCCGACCGCGUCACCGGGCCCGCCCCCGAGCACUAGUCGGCAGCGUCAGCCGCUAGCACCAGCCGCUCGCACCAGCCGCUUGAUCCAGAAACUAGCACCAGCCGCUCGCUCCAGCCGCU